AUGUCUUCGUCUUCGUCUUCUGGAGUUGCCAACGACAACUACGAAGACGCUUGCAGUAUGUGUCUCGAGCCUUUCAACACCGAUGAUCCUGCCUCUAUUACCAACUGCAAACAUGAGUAUCAUCUGCAGUGCAUUCUUGAAUGGUCACAAAGAAGCAAAGAGUGCCCAAUAUGUUGGCAGCUGCUUGUCUUGGAAGACCCUGCCAGCCAAGAACUUCUAGCUGCAGUGGAGAAUAAAAGGAGUUUGAGGUCAAGGCACAAAAUUCGUCACACCCAUGGGGGCUAUGAAAUUGAUCGUAAAGCUUUUGCAGAUGAUUCUGAUUUUGAUGAGCGUAUUAUGCGACAUUUUGCUGCUACAACUAGUAGAGCUUGUUAUGUUAAUAAAAGGGAGAAGGAAACAUAA